AUGGGUAACCAGCAGUCCAACAUCGGCGGAGGCCCCGGUGGCGAUGGAAGAGAUGAGAAGGACAAGAAGAAGGACAAGCCCAGAUACGAACCUCCUCCGCCGCCUACGACUCGUCUCGGACGUAAGAAGCGCAAGGCUGCCGGCCCGAGUACUGCCUCAAAGCUUCCAGACAUCUUCCCAACGUCACGAUGUAAAUUACGAUACCUCCGAAUGCAACGAGUCCACGACCAUUUGUUGCUAGAGGAAGAGUACGUGGAGAAUAUGGAGCGCCUGCGCAAGACCAAGGCCCAGGCGGCGCUGGAUUCGGCGAACCGUAAUGAUCUCGACAUCAUGGAUCGGAACGCCGAUGAGAGAAGCCGGGUUGAUGAUAUGAGAGGCAGCCCCAUGGGUGUUGGAAACCUGGAAGAGCUGAUUGACGAUGACCACGCCAUUGUCUCGAGCGCGACUGGACCGGAAUACUAUGUUUCGAUCAUGUCAUUCGUCGACAAAGACCUUCUCGAGCCUGGUGCCAGCAUUCUUCUACACCACAAGUCGGUCUCGGUUGUCGGUGUGCUCACCGAAGAAUCCGACCCCCUCGUAUCAGUGAUGAAGCUCGACAAGGCUCCCACAGAAUCAUAUGCCGAUAUUGGUGGUCUGGAAACCCAGAUCCAGGAAGUCCGGGAGUCUGUGGAGCUUCCUUUGCUCCACCCCGAGCUGUACGAGGAGAUGGGUAUCAAGCCACCCAAGGGUGUCAUUCUUUACGGUGCCCCUGGUACCGGAAAGACGCUGCUGGCCAAGGCGGUCGCGAACCAAACCAGUGCUACUUUCCUCCGUAUCGUUGGUAGUGAGCUGAUUCAGAAAUACCUUGGAGAUGGCCCUCGUCUGGUCCGUCAAAUCUUCCAGGUUGCAGCCGAGCACGCACCCUCCAUUGUUUUCAUUGAUGAAAUCGAUGCGAUUGGUACGAAGCGUUAUGAUUCUACGUCGGGUGGUGAACGAGAAAUCCAGCGUACUAUGCUUGAGCUUCUUAACCAGCUUGAUGGAUUCGAUGAUCGCGGUGACGUCAAGGUCAUCAUGGCCACCAACAAGAUUGAGACCUUGGAUCCUGCUUUGAUCCGUCCGGGACGUAUUGACAGAAAGAUUCUCUUCGAAAACCCAGACCAAAACACCAAGAAGAAGAUCUUUACCCUGCACACUUCCAAGAUGUCGCUCGGAGACGAUGUGGACUUGGACGAGUUCAUCAACCAGAAGGAUGAUCUCUCUGGUGCCGAUAUCCGUGCUAUCUGCACUGAAGCUGGUUUGAUGGCGCUGAGAGAGCGCCGGAUGCGGGUGCAGAUGGACGACUUCCGCGCAGCCAGAGAGCGGAUCAUGAAGACGAAGCAGGACGGAGGUCCAGUGGAGGGACUGUACUUGACAUCAUCCAUCGCAUCUGACAAAAGACCAGCUGCCAUAAUGGACGGAUUUGACGAGGAGGCAUUCAAGAAGUUCUUUCCGACUAGCUUUGGCAAGCAAGAGAAGAAAACCGAUGUCAGCUCGCAGAUUGAUCGCACUAAGCGCGCAGAAGUCUCUGUGAACCCUGAUGGCGACGACAAAAAAGCGGGUAUAACAGGAGAGGCGACGACUGACACGACGCCCGUGGCGGAGGAAGCGAACCAGAAAAACGAUUCAGAUAGUGAUGAUGGAAGCGACGACUCUGAUGACGAUUCCGACGAUGAGGAUGAGUUCCCGGUGUCUCACGAACUCGUUCUCAAGACACACGACCGCGCAGUGACUACGUUGACCGUGGAUCCCGCAGGUUCGCGACUGAUCACCGGCUCGACCGAUUGUACUAUAAAGCUACAUGACUUCGCGUCCAUGACCCCGUCGACCAUACGCGCAUUCAAAUCCGUCGAUCCUUCAGCCAAAAAGCAGUCUGCUGCGCAGGAGGCGCAUGCCGUGCAUUAUGCAGCUUUCAAUCCCUUGUCCCCCAGCUACGUCAUGGUUGUUUCGGCCACACCCCAGCCAAGGAUUUUGAGCCGCGAUGGUGAUACGGUUACCGAGUUUGUGAAGGGUGAUAUGUAUUUGAGGGAUCUGCAUAACACCAAGGGCCAUAUCUCUGAGGUGACUGGCGGCGUGUGGUGUCCAACCGACGAGAAUCUCUGUGCCACGGCAGGAACAGAUAGUACUGUGCGCAUCUGGGAUGCCAAUGUCGGUCGCUCACAGAAGGAGGUUAUAGUGCACAAAUCAAAAAUGGCGGGAUCCGCUGGCCGGAGCAAAAUGACCGCUGUCGCAUGGGGCUCACCCAAGCAGGGUGGACCUAAUGUUCUCGUUGCUGCUGCGCUCGAUGGCAGUUUGCUCAUGUGGAGCGGGAACGGGCCGUACACUCGGCCAAGCGCAGAGAUUAGAGAUGCCCAUGCUAAGGAUACUUGGACGAGUGGCAUCGACGUUAGCUCGGAUGGACGACUUGUUAUUACCAAGGGCGGAGAUGACACUAUCAAGCUAUGGGAUACCAGAAAGUUCAAGCAACCUAUCACCACGGUCGCCCAUCCUUCCAGCACGCGGUAUCCGUCGUCGAAUAUCAUAUUCUCGCCUACAUCCGCUAAUGUUCUCACGGGCUCGGAGACUGGACACCUGCAUAUCUUGAAUCCAGCUACGUUGAAGCCGGAACUGGUCACACCCGUUACGCCAGGAUUGCCCGUUAUCAGCGUUUUGUGGCAUGAGAAGAUGAACCAGAUCAUUACCGGCUCGGCCAACGCCGAAACCCAUGUUCUUUACAACCCCAAUAUGUCUACCAAGGGUGCUGCCUUGAUCAUGUCCAAGGCACCGAAGCGUCGACACAUUGAUGAUGACCCAAGCCUUACCAUGGACCUCACCCAGGGGAUUUCUGGCGAUUCUGUGGUUGUCGGAUCCAACGGGGUGCCUCAUUACAGUUCCUCCACCUGGUCCGCCCGGCACCCGACCAUCGGACUCACGGCGUCAGGCCGUCCAAGAGAUCCACGGAGACCCCAUCUACCAGCACAAACACCCUUUGCCAAAUCGCAGCCGGAUGAGAAGCAUAUCCGCGAGAACAUUCCUCUCAGUUCGAUGCGGGAUGAGGAUCCCCGGGAAGCUCUGCUUAAGUAUGCGGACAAGGCUGAGAAGGACCCGAUAUUCACCAAGGCGUGGAAGGAGACGCAGCCCACGCCGAUCUACCGGGAUAUUAGUGAUGAUGAAAACGAGCAGGGGCCGGAUAAGAAGCGGGCAAAGCGGUGA